GGACAAAGAAAAGGAGUUUCACCAAUCCAUGACAUUGGAGGAUAAAAUGGCAUUGGCUCGGAACCCCACUUGCUCUGAGACAAUGAAGGUGGUGCCAGUCAACAUCAUUGGCCAGCUAGGCGACCCUUAUGCCAACUGUGAAUAUGCCAUGGACAUCUUUAUCUACAUGCGGGAACGUGAGGAGAGGUUCUUGCUCCCGGACUACAUGAAGGAUCAGCCUGACAUCACCACAGAAAUGCGGGCCAUUUUGGUGAACUGGAUGGUGGAAGUGCAGGAGAACUUUGAGCUCAAUCAUGAGACACUUUACUUGGCAGUCAAGCUGUUGGACCACUUUUUGGCGAAAGAGAUCGUCAUCCGAGAGACACUGCAGCUCAUUGGCUCCACAGCCAUCAUCAUUGCCUCCAAGUUUGAGGAUCGCUGCCCACCCUGUGUGGGUGACUUUCUGUACCUCUGUGAUGAUGCAUACAGUAGGAAGACGUUCCUCUCCACUGAAAAGAAAAUCUUGAUAGCGCUCAAUUUUGACAUCAACAUCCCCAUCGCUUACCGCUUCCUCCGGCAAUAUGCCAAGUAUACACAUGUCAACAUGGAGACUCUGACGCUGGCUCGCUUCAUCUGCGAGCUCACCCUACAGGAUUACAGCUUCGCACAGGAAAGUGCCUCCCGGUUGGCUUCCGCCUGCCUCCUUUUGGCGCUCAAGAUGAAGAACCUCGGGGGCUGGGGUCCCGCACUAGAAUGUUACAGUGGCUACAAAGCUCAAGAGCUUUACCCUCUGAUGAAGAAACUCAACUUCAUGCUGACCUACAAACACGAUGAACAACUCAAUGCUGUGCACAAUAAGUACUCCCACCGGGUCUUCUUUGAGGUGGCCAAGAUACCCCCCAUCAACAUGCUGAAGCUGAAGGAAAUCUUGCAGAGCUAGCUCUUCCUUGGCAGCACCCAAGGGAAGUGCCUUGGACAUUCUUGUGCUAAGGUGCUGCAAUGCUGUU